AUGUCUCCCCUGCGUACAACCUCCCUCCGCCUCCUCCGUCCCUCUCGGAUCAUCAUCGCAACCCCCAUCCGUAACCUCCGACCACUAUCAACAUGUCUUCCAAAACAUGCUUCACCAGGCAUGCACACCACAACCAAACCCCUCUCUCUAUCUCGCCCCCAAUUCGCGACUCAAACAAGAUGGAGAUCAACCCAAACCUCCAGCGGCAAAAGCCAAGCCGACCUAAUGGUCGAAGAACUCCAAGAACUCUACGAAACUGCUAAAGACGAGUUCGAGAUCGCAACGGACAGCACAAACGGCACGACCAUCUACGCGGCCUCGGACCGGGAGUCGGCGCGCGACGCAUUGGAUCAGUUGAGCGCUGUGUUUGCGCUCUAUACGACCGAAAUGCCCUCGUAUGAGGAGUCGCAUCAGCCGCAGCAGACGCAACCGGAUGAUUCCGGGAGUCAGAUGGUGUCGACGUAUUUUGACCCAGGGGAUAUUGCGCCUGAGGUCCGCCAGGAGGUCAAGAGGAGGGUUGGGCAGCGGGUGAGGGAGUUGGCGAAUGCGGUGGAGGCGUUGGAGGAGAGGGCUAAGGAUGAUUAA